CGUCAGCUGAGUCCUCCAUUUUACAUCAGACAACAACUGUCUGUCCUCACGCACGCAGACAGACAGACAGACAGACAGACAGACAGAGGGACAGACAGACAGAGGGACAGACAUGCUGCCGUCCACCUCUCUGACAUGGGGUCUCUGCGCUCUACUCACCUGCUCGGCACUCGUCCAGUCCUCAGUGUUCCUGGACCAUCCGUGGGCGGCUCGUGUCCUCGGCUCCGCCUCCAGGAGACGUCGAGCCAACUCCUUCCUGGAGGAGGUUUUACCUGGAGACCUGGAGAGGGAGUGUCACGAGGAGGUCUGCUCCCAGGAGGAGGCAGCCGAGAUCUUCAUGACCAGGGAGAAGACGAUGGAGUUCUGGUACAAAUAUACCAAUCUGAACCCCUGUCAGACUAACCCCUGUCUGAAUGGAGGGAUGUGCACCCUGGACAGAGACGACUUCCUGUGUCUCUGCUCGCCGCCGUACCAAGGCAAGACCUGCGACACAGUGUUGAUGGUGUGUCACUAUAGAAACGGCGGCUGUAUGCAGUACUGCAGAGACCUGCCAGGGGGAGCCGGAGUUCAGUGUGACUGCGCCGACGGGUUCCAGCUGGACGUCGACGGAUACAGCUGCUCCAAGAACGUGUCUCUGCCUUGUGGUCGUCAGCACAUAGAGGUGUCACUGUACCGAGAUCGUUCUCUGUUGAGUCCCUCUGAUCAGCCCAACAUCACCGUGGAAAUGGGCAGCAUGUUUGAUGACAACAACACAGAUGGCUGGGUGGACAAAUUGAACUUUAUAGAGACAUUGGAGAAGCUGAUGACAGUGAACACAACAACUGGACAGUGGGGAGCCAAUGAGACGGAGCUGAUGGGGGAGGACGGGGGGGAUCUACGUAUUGUGGGCGGAGCCUUGGACAGACCAGGAGGAAGUCCCUGGCAGGUUCUGCUCCGCAGGUCUAAUGGUCACGGUUUCUGUGGAGGGACGCUGGUCUCUGAUCGCUGGGUGGUCUCUGCUGCUCACUGUCUCCAGGAGACUCCAGACCAUGUGACUAUAGUGAGUGUGUGUGUGUGUGUGUGUGUGUGUGUGUGUGUGUAUACAGGUGACUUCGAUAAGCGGCGUCCUGAUCCAGGUGAGCAGCUGAUAAAGGUUCAGAAGGUCUUCGUCCAUCCUCACUUCCAUGCCUUCACCUUCGACAGCGACAUCGCUCUGUUGUAUCUCGCCCAGCCGGUCGUCAGGAGCGCCACCGCCAUCCCUGCCUGCCUCCCCGACCCCCAUCUCUCCGAAUACCUACUGAAGAAGGGAAACCGUGGCAUGGUGACGGGCUGGGGGGUCACGCAGUACCUGGGCAGGUCAUCACGCUUCCUCAGGAAGGUCACGCUUCCCGUGGUCAGCUACCGAGACUGCACCGCCUCCACUGAACAGGUGAUCACAGACAACAUGUUCUGUGCAGGUUACCUGGACGUGGGCAGGGACGCCUGCAGCGGGGACAGCGGGGGACCGUUUGUGGUGAACUACAAAGGGACCUGGUUUCUGACGGGUGUGGUCAGCUGGGGAGAGAAAUGUGCCGCCAAGGGGAAGUACGGAGUUUAUACCCGACUGGGGAACUUCCUGAACUGGAUCAGAGACACCAUGGAGAGGACGGACCUCAACGGCACCGGGACCUGAGACACACAGACAGACGUCGUCCAUCCUGAGUGUCUGUCAGGUUACACGUCACCGUGUGCAACUUAUCACAACUUUUAUUAGUCAGGGUUAAAAACAAAGGUUAAAUUUGUUGUUUGUUAAAUUCAGACAGUUUGAAAUGAUCAAAAGUUUCAGACUGAAGUUUGAGUUUCUAACGUCUGUAAAAUAAAACACAGAAACUGUGACUGAACGACUUCAUAUGACAUUAAAGCUCAGAAACAAAACAA